AUGCUGCGGCGUCGUAUCGUUUUGCCAGUGCUGUCCCCAGCAGGGCUGCAGGCAGUAAAAGCCAGUAAGCGACACACGCGGCAGUCCGGGGGGGUUCAGCGGUUUUCGUAUCUCCCACCUGGCAAUCAUGCGCCACGGAUGCCGUGGCUUCGUGACACCGCACCUUCGCAUGUAAACCUCAGUGCUGCAGCCGCACUCCCAACGCCAUCGCACACACCCACGGCCACGGCGACAACGACAGCGCCGCCACCGUUUAUGAGAGACCCUGUAGACUUGGAGGACAUUCUUAAGGACCCCUGUAAGUCGUCAGAGCUACUCGCUGGCGCUUCAGUGCGGGUUACCGCGGAGUCUGCUGGACGGCUGCAAACGACUGCGGCUAAAGGCGGCCCACUACGUGCCACCGCGGCCUGUCGCAUGUCUGCGCUCGCAGAGCCAAACCUGGACACUCGCAUUGGCGACAUUUUGAAGGUUAGUGAUUCCUUCGCUGGGGAAAUGUUGCCGGAUGUGGUGCGACUUCUUAUAGAACCCACCGCGGAUGGGGUGGAAAACGUCUCUCUCAGUGAUUUUGUGGCCAUGCAACCCAAGCGACAGCUUGCAGCCCUUGCUGGGAAGAAGCAGUGGCAUGAGUGGCUUCUUGAAAGUGCCCACUAUAAACAGGUGGCACGUCUGGAGCUGGAAUCGCCGUAUUACGAUAUUAGGGCGCUUCGGCAGGCGGGGGUGACCACGUUGUACCAGUGGGCUGAGCAGCCGGAUCUUGUGAAGGUGUCAUCCUACACACGCAGCCUACUGGACGCCGCAGUAGAAAAAAGUGUUGAGGCAUACGUGGAGGAAGUAGUCAAAGUGGUUAACACAAGCAACCGGCUGUCAGAGACGUUGGUGUCGUGGGCAGCAGACACUGUAAGUAAGUUUGUUCUGGAUACGCUUUGUGUAACCGUAGAACAAGCUGCCUCCCAACGACAAGCAACAGGGUUAGGAAACACCAUGGUAGAUACGGAAAACUCAGGUAAAACCAUCGCAGAGGAAGCUGCAAUCGCCGCGAUGGAUGUCACCACCUCUUACACGCGACCAGGGCACGUCUGCACCUUGGAGCACUACCACCAACUCGCAAGAAAAGUGUUGGCGAGUGUACGAAAAGAAUACAUGGCUCAGUGGCAUGCCGAUUAUGGUGGGAAUGCUGCCGGGAAAACAGUGCUUGAUGGCCAGGCAGAAGCAGAGAUUCGCGAGAAGGCAUAUGCCACUCUUAAUGAAGCCAUACUAAAGGUGUUGGAAUCUCAUGCCCAUAACAUGCCAAAGGAGCUACACAUGUUACGCGAUUGUGGAUUCUUAGCGCUGGAACGGAUUCCUGGGCUAUUACGGCAGGCAGUAUCCGUGUUGCAGUUAAGAAAUGUACCUGUACGUUAUUUUGUGUUUCACAGCACCGGGGAGCAGGAGAUGGAUGAGUUGGAGAGGCACGACUUAGAAAUGUCUACACCUGGCGGCGCGGAUGCGCCGCUUUCAGGCACUGCCCCCACCUCGUCCAUGAAUGUAGCGGCACCAACGCUGACAUGCGGCGUAUUUUUAGCGGGAACCGCCAACUAUAACGUCAAACUUGGAGAGUGGCCUGGGCACCCGCAGCCCCCUCCUGCAGGCUCCUCCACCGUGUGGACAGGCGAUGCGGUACAGAACGAGUACUUCUCGCUAUUGCGGCGCCUGAAGCGACACACCAUGCGUGUGGCAAGCACGACCCUGUUUGAAACUCUCAAGGGCGCUGACGAGUUUCGGAGUGGGUUUAACGCAGCAGAAUCACUUGGGUUGCAGCAGCUUUUUGGAACGGCAAAACUUGUGGAAGAGCGUCUCAGCUCUGUGCUGAACUGCCACUCCACCCCACCCUCCACUUCGAGGCCGGUGCAUUUUGUAGAGGCGGGUUAUUCGUGUGGGAAAACCGCCGUGUUAGAGCGUCUUUCCAAGCGCAUGUCUGAAACCGGCAAGAAGGCAGUUAUUGUACGCUACACCGGAGCCACGAUGCCGUUUACUCCGGGUUUAGAUGAUCAUCCUCUUGCGUUUCCCUCGCGUUUUUGGUUUCGCGUUGCCCUUGCUUCAUGCCCGUAUCUAAUACGCACGGAGGAGCUUUUUACGAGGGCCCCCAAGUCGGUGAUGUGGUGGGCCAAUCGCCUCAACUGGUCGUGGGAAUUAUACCAGAAGCGGAUUCAACUUUACGCGAACUGCGAGGGUACACCCUCGUCGCUUCACGCGGUGCUUGUUGAUGACAUGGAUCGUGUGAUGGAUGCCAUGGAAAAUCGAAUGGUGGCCGCCACCGCCGCCGUGUCUACAACAGGCAUGCUCAAUGGUGUACCGACUCUCGCCUCACAGGACGGGUACGUCGGCGCUACAGAAGCAGGAGCUGCAGGGGCCAAUGUGGUGACAACGAUGGCAACCGCGUUGACGUCGACCAACCACAGUAACCUGGGCAAAACGCAUAGUCAUGACAAUAAUAGUAAAACGAAGAAGGAAGACACCUCCACUGCCUCACUAGCACCUAUGCUGCACCUCAGGCAUUACAUGCCUUUUCACCUGGAUUCGGUGGGGGCGGCUUUAGCCAAACUGACUGUCGCAGUUGGACAACUUGACGUGGUUUUUACCGGUCAUCGCGCAAGCAGGCUUCUUCUCACGCAUGCGGAUGCUCCGGUUCGUCGCUACUUUAUUCCGUUAUCCAACGGUAUUGGACUACAGCAACGACUUCGUGUCUUACCGCUUGUAUCUGUUUUAUAUGCAUUGCAUCAGCGAUCGCGUCUCGAGUUUUCGGGGCUAAUGUACGAGGUACUUAAGAACUGUCCUGGUCUGCUUGGUUACACCCUUGAUGUGUUUUGGUCAGGGCAGGCGGCGUUAAUGGAUCUUCGCGGUGGUGCCCCGCGUCUCAUGCAGUGGAGCGGCACCCACCCUUUGUUGCGCAGUUACGUUCCUACCGAGCUUUUUGCUGAGUUUCCGCAGCGUAACUACCUCCUGCAGAACUUGCCAGAAGCACGGCUGCGUCUGGUGGAGCUGCUGCAGCGACAGUUAAGCAGUCCCACCGGAUUUCUCACGACGGGGGUAGACACAACUGUGCAGGAUGAGCGUGAUGGGUUUGUGGUUUCCUACAAUCAUACAACGUGUCAGGUGCAUCCCUUCGCGCUCUUUACAAUAUUCACCCAUCAAGACAUGUUAGAGUCCCCGCGGGAGACGAUGGUGGUGCGUGCUUGGGGUGAGGUGUGGGCGGAGUACUGCGCCGUCGUGAACUCCAUGGGAACCACCAAUGAGCGCAAGCGUAACGCCUUGCGUGUGCUUCUGCAUGGAGCAUUGAUGCUUCGCGUAGUGGCGGUGUCUGGCGCACAGAUGGAUUUAAACAUGAAGAUUCCACCCUACGGGUUUCCACUACUGGCCUCUCCGACACGUAUGAAGCAGCGGGGCGGGACAGAGCCGGUGGUGGUAAAGGCCACUCCCGACACGGUACGCAAGGCGGCGGCGGCGUACAGGGCCUUCUUUUCACAGACAGAACAGACACACAUCCCGUUCCGCCCGAGUGUUGGGAUUAACGGGGGGUGCGACGUUGUUUGCAUUGCCGGGACGACACUGGCACUGUACGAUAUCGUGACGACACCCGAAGCACUGCAAGAUAUCAGCUAUCGAUUUGCGGAGGCGCUCUUGGGGGUGCUGCACUGCCUGGGGAAGAAUGUACUGCCACACAACAAAAUUCGUCAAAUUCAUUACGUUAGUGUCGUUUCUAUUGACCAGACGAUGGUGACGUCGCCGCACGGUGGCAAACUCACUCUGGCUGGUGGCGUUGCAUCGCCCACGGCCGCAGACGACGUCUUCGCUGUCCCACUCAUCCCUGUUGUGCCUUACCUGUUGGACUUGAGCGCUGUCUUCGAGGACGACGUGAUUGAUCGCCUACGUGCUUUGCAGGGGACGCUUGGUAUUGGCAAGGAGUUCCGCACACUGAAUGACCUCCUGGACGAACUAGAGAGCGCACACCACGUGCACGUGCACCAGGACGUGGUUGCCUCGCAGGAAGAACUUGAGUCCCUUCUCUCCACAACGCUGAUGCAGCUUGUGCCGGAUGCGACGGUGUUGCCACCAUAUACGGCGGAGGUCGUCUCUCCUGACACGCUUCUAAUGGAUUUGCUAGUGGAUGAGGAGGAGGAGAGUUUUCGCGGUGCGGAGGUGGAGGAGGUGCGCCACGAUGCCGUCCUGGCAAAGGAAGCCGCCAUGCCAGAAUCCUACGCGGACGCCGAGCAUUUGCAGGAGUCAGCCGAGUUACUAGAGGCGCUACUCAACGACAACUCCCUCAUGGAGCUGCGGCCGCUGACUGCAGUGGAACGGGCCACCGACGACACCACGCAGGCUGCGCUGCUGACGGACAUGGCCACGGAAGACGCCAUCAACAACAACAUACCCGUGACUUCGGAUUUCAUGGCCGCACGGCGGUCGGCGGCGACGGCCUCCACGACCGCGGCGCCUGCGCAGGACGACGCCCUGGCAUGGCUACACGACAUUGUCACCCCGGCGGCGACGGCAACUAGCGGGCGUGACGGCAAGACGGAGCAGGUGACGGUGACGACGACACUCUCCAGCAACCCGCUCCCGCGAGCUUCAGGUGGUGGUGGUGGGGCCUUCGUCUCACUGGACGCUGAGGGAGACGGCGACAGCGACGGCAGCGAGGACGCCGUUAGAAAGGCAAGUACUCACGUAGAACAGGCUGUGCAUCCAAAGCGAAGCGGAAAGACCCCCAGUCAUAGCAGUAACAGCAGCAGCAAUCGACAAGGAUCGCGUCAGUCGCGGUCCAAUUCUCGGCGGGCGAGGGCGAAGCUGCAGAAGAAGCCGACGUCCUCGCCAGCGGCGCGGAGGAAACCAGGUAGCACCCACAGCAGCACGGCCGCCGCCGCUCAGGCGAAGCGAAAAGGCGGAACGCCAAAGAGGCGCAGUGGUAAUGGUACCGCAGCUGCUUCCUCCGCUCACUCCGUCACCGCAAGAGGCGGAAAGCGGCGAGGGAGAAAAUAA